UAAAUGUGUUUUUAUAGAAUAUCAGGGUGCUCUGUAUUGCCAUAGCACUCGAGUCGGCGACACAGAUGUGCGAGUGACAUCUUAGUGAUGGGUGCUGGGCCUUGGGAUACAUCUUCCUGCCAGUAUGCACUGGUGCUAAACUCGGCGGGUAUCGAGUCUGCGGAAGUACCUAAACUACAGCUGGGACCUCUCCGAUAUGGGCCGCAUCCGGGCAACCCUGCCGACCGUGGCUUAUGAAGCGCUGGACGCCCCAGCGGAGAAAGUGACGCCGUGGUCCAUCCUGAAGCUAUGUGACUCCAUCGACCAGUCCUACUUCUGGUCCACCCCACGGGAACCAGGCGGGCCUUUGUACACACCCAUGUUCUAUAUCCUCAACCUCUCCCUAGACAUAAACAAGGCUUUCUACGAUAUGAACACACCAAAGUUCCCGAUGACCAUGGAAAGCAGGGUAAAAUAUAUGAAACGGUCGUCAUGUUGCCUGGAGAAAACACUGUCCCAUCCAGAAACCAACCAGACGUACGUCACGUCAAUGUGUAUAAACGUGAACGUUGAUCACGAAACAAGAAAGCCUACAGCAUUUGAAGACUGGUGGAAAGCGAAAUAUUGUUUUCCUACGGAAGGUGAAAGGCAGGAAUUCUUAAUUCCGGACAAACCGGACGUUAACGUGUUUACGUCAGACCAUCGAGUUCAUUUUAGCGAUACGGACGAAAAUGGUCACGCUAACUUUACGGCAUACGUACGUUACUGUAGUGAUUCAUUCCAUGAGAACGUGUUGGCUGGAAGAUAUGGGAAAGGACUAGAUGUGUACGCUGUAGGACUUCAGAGAAUGGAAGUCACCUUUCAUAACGAAUGUAACGUUGGAGAUAGACUAACAAUCUGUUCAUGGCAGGAUGACCAACUUUUUAAUACUUUUUACUUUGAAGUGAGACAUGGUGAUGUGCUUACUUUAACAGCCAUGAUGAAGUACUACUGAGUGCGGAGAAUUGAACUGUGGCGUUCAGUGAUAUUAUAUUGUUCUUAUACCAAUUGUUUGUUUUAUAAACAAAUUGUAAGCGCAAUCAAUGUGAUAUCCCAUGUUUUUAUUCCACCAUUAGUUCAAGGUUGAUAAUUCAAUAUGUAUUUCUUUAUUUUUAAAAAAUGGUCCAUUUAAUAAACGAAACUAUAUCUCAUACGAUAUGUAGUAUAUACAGGUUUUAAUGUGACUGGAAACUAACAGCAUGGCGACAGCAAACCUUCGAAGGAACUUCACCUUGAUUUUAAAACAUUUUUCGACUAGUUCAGCAGAAAAUGGCCUGCAUAUUAAAACAAAAAUUUAAAACAAGCAAGACACUGAGGCUUUUUACCAGACUACCAAUACCAGGUUGUCCGGUUUUCGCACUCGCUUCUCACCAAGGUGUCCCAGGUUUGAUUCAAGACCUGGCUAUUGGGCAUAGAUGAGUUGUUUGUGGUCACCAAGCCGGACAAGUGAGUCUCCUCCGAUUGCUCUAGCAACACAAGACCACACUCUUCGGAACUUCGUGCCAACGAGGGUGAAUUAUGUAAAGGUGUAAUGAUGAUGUAAUAAAUUGUUUCAUAUAAGUUAUUAAAAUGGUUGACACAUUUA